AUGUCCGAUACACAGCAGCUGUUGGAGCCUGAACACGCACCGAAGAAAGAAAAUGUCAUUUUUCGAGGAAAGAACUUCAGGACCCAAUACUAUGGCGGGAGCAAUCCUACUAGUUUGAUUGGAGAUUUUCCUGAGCUCCGCUCAUUCAUGCGGGACAGCAUCAAACUACACCCAUCUCUACCACGUGUCCAACGCGAAUUAAAGUCACUGCAAAUGAAAUGGAAGGUAGAAAAGAUAUCCUCAUUCCCAUCUGUGAAUGCGAGCCUUCUCCACUUGUUCCCAGAAGAAGAGAUCGCAGACCAAUUAAUCCACAUCUAUCUUGACACAGUGGAAACAACCUAUCGGGUUAUCCACGUACCUAGCUUUUGGGAGGAGUACAAAAGCUUUCGGGAUGACAAACACUCGUCAAGACCGGCAUUCUUAGUUCUCAUGUUGUUGAUGAUGUCCACCGCAAGCUGUCUAUCCAAUGAAAGUCUCACAUACGUGGGGGACAGUGCCGUUGCGCGUGAACGGGCGGCUUUGUGGAUCGAGGUUUCUGAGCGGUGGCUUCAAAAACAGAGUCAAAAACAGAUCUAUUUGAGCAUAUGGCAGAUCCGAUGUCUAUUAAUUCUUUCGAAACAAGUCAAUGUCAUAAAGAAGAAACGCAUCUGGACAGAGGCCGGGACGCUUCUCCGACAGGCAAUGGCUGCGGGUUUCCACCGAGACCCGAGAUUUCUUGGAGAGAAGGUAUCGGGAUUUGACCGGGAGAUGAGAUGUCGGCUAUGGAACACUAUUGCCGAGUUGGAACUUCAAGCUUCCAUUGAUCGUGGGAUGCCGUCUUCUUCGGCGGGUAUAUUCUCAGACUGCGCUUCCAUUCUGAACAUCCAUGAUACAGACCUCACAGAUGAAGAGAAGAACGAAUCUCGCGCAAAGAACUGGGACGAAUAUACUGGCAGUUCGUUCUUGCAUGUUUCGAGAUCCAGUUUUGCUCUCAGAGUUGCCUUGAACUCUGUUGUCAACGACAUCAGCUCCCCUUUACAAUGGGAACAGAUCGCAAGUUACGAAGAGCUUGUGACGGCCGAACUUGAAAAACUCCCUUCGUGGACAAAAUCAACGACGGACAUCAAAAAGGGUGUUUUGGCCGGCUCUAUUCUUCAGAUCCAACUAAGGCAGUUUUUGAUUCUUCUCCAUACGCCGUUCGCCAAAAAGAGGAGCCCCAAUUCUCGAUGUUCCGUCUCGCGCAUGAUCUGCUUCCAAGCAGCAAUGAAUACACUGGAGCAGGUUCAACAACUGACUAAACAUAAUUAUUACUUUUUUCUGCUCUUUCGACAAGAGUAUUUCCGCGCAGCUUUGGUAGUGUGUCAUAAUGCUUACAUCUGUUGCAAUGUGAUAGGGGACCUAUUCGGGGCGAACAUCUCGUCAUUCAUCCGCUACCUCGAAGACUCGUUAAUUUUAUUUGAAGACAGAACCACUCGAACUGGCACAGAUUUCACAAGAUAUUGGUAUAUUUCCGCAGCCCGGGCCUUGCUUCGCUCGGCAGUAGAUCCAUCAGAUGCUACGAUGCAGGAGCAACAGGCAAUUGAGCAUGUGGCAAGACAAUACUAUAGAAUCCGCGCAUCACAAGAGGACCUGCACUCCGCAAAGAACAAGCUCAAAUUGACAGAACCACUGAUCCAAAGCUCAAACGAUUUUGUAAACAUUCCCGAUGUUCCUUUCCAUAAUGGAACUAUGCCAGCAAUUGACCUUCCUUUAGAGGCUUUGGAAGAGGAGUUCUUCUUUGGUGAUCCGGCCGCUUGGACGUUUGAUAAUUUUGAUUUCUUAUAG